GUUCGUAUAGACCUGUUAUACAUUUUUCGCGAUAAAAAGUGCGCUGGCUACGGGGGCAAAAGUUUUACGUUUAAUUUUGUUUGCCGUCUACUUAUGUUUUCAGGCAGUAUACAUUUGGUUUGUGUUUUGUUGACAGAGAAAAGUAAAGUCGCGUGUGUAUACCGGACAGUGCUUUGAAUUAUACCUUUUCGUGAUUCGGAAUUUUGCAUUUGUCACGGACAUGGAACUGCUAUAUGAGCAUCCAUCAUCAUCAUUUUAAGCUGCCACCUUAUCAGAAAAGAAAAAGUCAUGUAACCGCUGCCGAAAGAACGAAAAAAUUGACGUUAGGCCUAGGGAUGUCUACCGGACAGGAAUAUCCCACUUUACCCGAGGGGUUCCAGCCGAUGGAGGAUCAAGUUGCUGGUCAUACAUUCUUCGAUGGAGCGGGUUCCUUAGGUUUAUUGAAGAGCUCGGAUGAUGGUUCGAUUUUCAAACCAGCUGGCAAAGUACUUUGUGGGGCUCGUGAAAUCAAAUUUUAUGAACAGGUGCAGGUGGCAAAUACCGAAACGGAUCUACUGCCAUUAAAAGAUGUAAUUCCUCAGUAUCGGGGUCACAUUAAGCUUACCAUCGAUGGUAAACAGAGUGAGUUUAUAAAGCUUUCUGAUCUAACGUACGGAAUGCUGGAACCAUGUAUCAUGGACGUUAAGAUAGGCUGUCGCACUUGGGAUCCACAAGCGUCGGAGGAAAAGCGUAAAGCAGAGGAGUCAAAGUAUCAGGCCUGCAAACAAAACCUAGGACUUUGUAUACCCGGGUUUCAGGUUUACUCUAUUACCAAUGGUCGUCGGAUGCGCUAUGGAAAGGAGUUCGGGAAGAAGCUCAGCGAAGUUACUGUGAAAGAUGCCUUCCGUAAGUUCCUAAACGCUGACAGUGGCCUGUGCCGGCAGUUGUUGAUGCAGUUCCUAUCCGAUCUAUGGAUCAUACAAAAGUGGGCUCGCACCCAAACGACCUUCCGGCUGUAUUCCAGCUCCGUCCUGCUAGUGUACGAUGCGCGCCGUCUAAAGCCUGUAUUGCAGUAUCAAUCGAAAAGUCUGAGUAGCUCUAUUUCUAAGCUGACUAGCUGCAAUACUAGCACUAGUCCGACGGGCACGGCGAGCAGUUCGGUGAUUGGUCCCAGCUCGUCACCAGGAACACCGACGGGAGGAGGCGAUAUAGAACCCUUACAACAUUAUUUUAAAAUCCAAAGAAGUCACUCGGCUUUCAAUAACUACGAAGAGGACAUGAAAGCUAUGCGUGAAAAUUACGUUUUCAUGCGGGAUAAUCUAGUCGGAUCGUACGAAAACAAAGUUUGGGCUACUGCUCGUAUGAUUGAUUUUGCGCACGCUUUUCCGGCGGAAGAAAGUACCAUCGACACCAACUACCUGCAGGGCAUCGAGAGUUUGGUGAAAAUAUUCGAGGACUUUCUCAAGGAAUGCGAAUUCGAGAAUAGUCCCAAGGUGGGUGUGCCAUAGGUCCAGUGAAGCGGCAGAUAUAACAGAGCUUAAGCCAAGCUUAAAAGCAAUUAUUUGCAUUUCGUAUUAAGAUUCCAAAUCUUAACUAUUAAUCGAUUGAACUGUUGUAUUUAGAUGUAGGUAGAAUAUGAUAGCUAUUUUCUGUUCCGAUCGUGAUUUGAUCCAAGCACAAGACACUGAAUCAAUCGUAUAAGAUUCAUCAAAAUAUACCCUCUGCCCCUUUCUAAUGACGGUGUUUAAAACGUAUUUAAAUUAUUUUUAGACAUGUGUAUUUCUCUCUUCGAUACGUAGCGUGAGAGUCUCUUUCCGGCUUUCUUUACAAAAUUUGGAAAGGGAUCCAACUUAUAGGCCAUGUUUACAGACAAAGAUAUUUUUGCUAAUGCCACAAAUUACGCUUUAUGUUAACUCUUACCUAGGUGUAAGCGUCAGGUUGCUGAUACGGAUAUAAUAUAUUAAACAUAUAGAUAUGAAAAUACGUCUAGAUUGCAAAAA